AUGGAUGAGCUUGAUAGACGAACCUCACAACUGAAAAUGCAAAAUUACAAGCUGCGUACUGCUACUGUUGAGCUCAAUGACCUGAAGUCAGAAAAGGAGGUCAUUCAGAGUUCUACUGCUAAUGUACACUCCAUCCUCCUUCAUCUCCUUGAAGCGCACGAUCCAAUCAUCACCAUUACGAUCAAACGGCACUUGGCUGACAAGCUCAGGCCAGCAUUGGACAUCCUUAGUCAUAUUGAGGGUGUUCCAGUGACUGUGUGGACUAUAGAUUCGCUUCAAAGGUGUGCUACUGAUGAGCCCAGCAUACUUUGGUAUGAGCCUGUUAUGUCAUUUGGGCUCGAUAACUCCAAGGACGCACAAUUUGACAUGUCGAUCACGCGAAAGGCAUUCAUCAUUCACUACUUUAGUUCAACUGCUGCAAUUCCUUCCCCAGACCCGAAGAACAACAAUCAUGAUAGGGUGGGGAAUACCCAUGUGAUGCGGUUCCUUGAAAGACAUGAGAUUCCAUAUCAUUAUCUGUCCACGUCAAAGGAGAAGAAUGUAGAAGAUGAGAUAUUGGGGUUGGUUGAAGAUACUGAUUUCUUGGUCCUUGCUAGAUACAUGCAGGUGUUGUCUGGAAACUUUUUGAAAAGAUAUGGGAUGGAUGUGAUCAACAUACAUCAUGGCUUAUUACCAUCAUUCAAGGGAGGAAAUCCAUCUAGGCAGGCUUUUGAAGCUGGGGUCAAAUUGAUUGGUGCCACAACCCAUUUUGUCACGGAGGAGCUUGAUGGGGGCCCAAUCAUUGAGCAGAUGGUUGAGAGAGUCUCGCACAAGGAUAAUUUGCCUAGUUUUAUUCAAAAAUCUGAGAAUCUUGAAAAACAAUGCCUUAUGAAGGCAAUCAAGUCAUAUUGUGAGUUACGCGUUCUACCUUAUCAACACAACAGGACUGUUGUAUUUUGAGUAAGCUCAAAAUGAUGCUAAUCAAAACUACAGAGUCCAUUAUAUUCCUUGUGUUGCAAAGUUUUUGUAUUUCAUUUUAAUUAUUCAUUCUAAUUUAAGUUGUUCUUGUUCCAAUCCAAUAAUAAGAUAAAUUAAGAGUCAUUGUGUGUUCAUAAUACUAAGAUAUAUGUGCAUUCUCAGUUCUCCUUAAAUUCAUUGUUGUUGGAGUUU